AUGAAUUUCUACCGUCUACCACCCAUCCACAACCACAACCACAACCAUGACCCCCAACCGCAACCACAACCCUCCCCCACUUCCUACAUAAUAAUCAUCUCCGGCACCCACGUCACCGGCAAAGACACCAUCGCCACCUCCCUCUCCCAAGCCCUACACUGCCCCUACCUCAAAGGCGAAUACUCCUUCAACUCCGCCUCCUCCAUCGCCCGCUCCCGCGAAAAACACGGCUAUGAUCGCUUCACCGUCUUCGGGCAGACCUGGCUACGCAAGAUGAAUCGCGGAGGUCUUUGGGAUGCGUAUGCCAAUACCAAUACCAAUACCAUCACAAGCAAUUUCAGCAGCCGCAGCAGGGGUGGCAGUAGCAGCGCCAGCAGCGCCGGCAGCGCCAGCAAUUCCUCUAGCGCCAGCGAUAGCGAUAGCGAUAGUGGCCCUGUCCCCAUCCCCACUCCCAGCAUCCCCAGCAGUGUCAGUUCCAGCGCCAGCGCCAACCCCCGCCCCAAAAACAGCUCCAUAAAAGCAAUAAUAACCGCCGGCGCGAUGCGCAAGCCCAGCCGCGACGCCAUCCGGGCCAUCAUGCUCGCGCAGCCGGAGGCCGUGGGGGUGAUUUUCGUGGUGUUGCAGAUCGGAAGGGAGACGUUGGUGGGGAGGACGGUUGGGGCGGAGAAUCCCGAGCUGGAGAUGCGGAUUAUUGAGGAGAAGGUGGAGGAUAUCAGGGUGCCGUUGGCGGAGGAGCAGGAUACGUUGGUGGUGGAUGCGUUGCAGGAUGUGGAUUCGUUGGGGGACGAGAUUAGGGGGUUGGUGGGGAGGUUUUGUGGGUAUGAUUAG